AUGGAAUUACCAAAAACUGCUCCUCAAGACCUACCCAAGCAUCCCGACACAUGCGAAACACUAUAUAUUUCGUCGCUUGCGCUUUUGAAAAUGCUUCGACAUGGUCGUGCUGGUGUUCCAAUGGAAGUGAUGGGCCUGAUGUUAGGUGAAUUUGUGGAUGAUUUCACAAUAAAUGUUGUUGAUGUGUUUGCCAUGCCACAAUCCGGAACGGGUGUAUCCGUAGAAGCAGUUGAUCCGGUUUAUCAGACAAAAAUGCUAGAAAUGCUUAAUCGUACUGGACGUACGGAGAUGGUUGUCGGUUGGUACCAUUCGCAUCCAGGCUUCGGAUGUUGGCUUUCUGGAGUUGAUAUCGCUACACAGCGGAGUUUCGAAGCACUUAGUGAACGUGCUGUUGCUGUAGUAGUUGAUCCAAUUCAAUCUGUUAAAGGAAAAGUAGUAAUUGAUGCAUUUCGUACUGCCGGUGCAAAUACUUUAGAACUAAGUUUCCUGGAUAGUCACCAUAAAACACUGGCACCAACAGAAGAACCACGACAAACAACUUCUAAUUUAGGGCAUCUUGUGAAACAUUCAAUAGUGGAACAGCUACAUGGUCUCGGCAAAAGUUAUUACUCAAUAAUGAUCAGUUUCAAACCAACAGUAAAAGAGCAGAAAAUGCUACAAAGUUUACAAAUGAAAAACUGGGUGGAAGCAUUGCGAUUGAAUAAUUUCUGUGCUCUAUCCGAGAUCAAUCUAUCGAAUAUAGAGGAAAUGGUUAAAAUGAUCACAAUGUAUAAUAAGGAGUUAUCGAGCGAAUUAGACAAGCCGCGAGAAGAGCAAACAAAAGGCAAAGUAGAAAAGCCGAGAGUAGCGACAAAAGCUGAAGUUGGAACUAAAAAAAUUGGUUGUUUUGAUCCAAAACGACGUCUAGCCGAGAUAGCAGACAAUUUAAUGAAAGAAAACAUUGUGAAUGAGAUACGAUCUAUGAUUGACGUGAAAGCAUUUCAGUAG